GUUCAGCGAAAACUUAAAUUAAAACAAUUUAAACCAACUAAUAAGCAGUGAAAGCAGUGUUACGCUUUAUAGUUCGUAGAAACACUACCCAAAGGCGAAAACAAACAGAAGUCUGAAGUAUUCUUCUACCGGCGACGAGGCGAAGACUUGGGUUGCCGGCGAUUGGAUUACAUCAGCAGUCCGGCUGAAUUUUGUCCGUGUUUCGAAAACCUGCCAUCCUUCCAGACUAUUAGUGCUGCACAAGUGCGAUCCAAAGUUGAUGGCUGCUACAACGUCCGGGACAGAGACUGGCAAGUCGUCGGAAUCUCGUACUCCACCCAUCCCAAAUGCGGUCAUCGAUAGAACCGCUGAGGAGAGCAACGAGAAACAAUGGGGCUACGAUUUGUAUCCGGAACGACGAGGCGAAAAGUACAAACCCAGCUGGGGACGUAUACUGCUCGGAAUGGAAGGCACGGAAAACCUGGACAAGAUCAAGUGUGAACGGAACGUUUACGCUUGUGUGAAGAAAAGUCCCAUGGUAAAGUUGAUGAUGGGUGCGUUGAAAAGUUCUGGCUGUGAAAUUGAUAUCCGGCGUCACAUAGCGUGCGAGGUGUGCGACACAUCGGUUAGCGGUGGCUAUGAUCCAGUGCUAAAUCAGGUUGUUGUUUGUCAGAACAUUGCACGAAACGAGGGAAUUGUGCAGGGCGUCCUAACGCACGAAAUGAUCCAUAUGUUUGACUACUGUAACAACAAUUUGGACUUUAAAAAUAUCGACCAUUUAGCGUGCACGGAAAUCCGUGCGGCAAACCUAACACACUGUUCGUUUCUGAGUGCUUGUACGCAGGGCGACGCUUCACCGUUCAAAAUCAAACAGGCACAUGCGGACUGUGUUAAAACCAAAGCCCUAAACUCGGUGUUGGCUGUACGUAAGGUGAGUCCGGAAGAGGCUAUCGCGGCGGUGGAGCGUGUGUUUCCCAAGUGCUAUAACGAUCUGGAACCGAUCGGUCGUCGGAUACGAAGAAAUUCGAAGGAUAUGUACAAAGCCUACAUGGAGGGUCCAAUGUACGGGUACGACGUGGAUUAGCAAGUGCAUUGUUAACGGUU